AUGUCCAGGAAGUUAAUGCUUGUAGCUCAUACAUAAACAUUAAGAAUUUCAAAACUUAUUAAUUCAAACAAUUAUUCAUGGACCAGGAUGAAUAGUAUGCAAUAUAUAUUUACAAUUUUUCUGAUUUGUGCUGCUGCAAGUUUUUCUACAACUAAUGGAAAGACAAUCUGUGUUGAAGAGGAUGUAAUUCAUGCAUUGCUGACUAUGAACAGAUCACGUGUUGAUGAGCCGUCAGAUCCAGUUUUCUUUGCAUUCCUAGCUAAUGAUGUAACGUCAAAUGGAUAUGAAGUUCUUAAAUUUGCCAAUGUCAAGAUUAACAAGGGUAGUUCUUACAACCCAUCUACAGGGUACUUUACGGCACCUAAACCAGGAAUUUACCAAAUAUCUUGUACUAUAGUAGGAUAUGAUACAAAUAUAUUCACCUACCAGAUUAUGUUAAAUGGAAAUAGCUACACCUUAGGGAACACAAGUAGCGGAGGUUCCUGGAACUCACAAACAUCAACUGUUUUAAUGAAUCUGAAGAAAGGGGAUCAAGUUUAUGUACAGCACAGAGGGUCAACUCAAAAGGUUCAUGCCAACACGAAUACCUACUUCUCUGGGUAUCUAGUCCAGUAAUAUAUCAUAUUUGCAAACUAUUUAGUUUUCUCAUGUUAUUAGAUAGUACUGUGAGAAUUUCUCAAGAGCACAACCAUGUUGAGUAGUUACUAAAAAUUUUACAUUCAAAGAAAUUUGUAUUUCUCUUUAUACAACUGCAAAUGUAUUACGUUGCUGAGAGGUAAAGGCUUCUCAAUAAUAAAUGCACACAUAUAUUUCUGAAUUUACA